AUGGCUCCACAAACUGUUCUAUGUAUCGGUAUGGCCGGUAAAUUAAAUUCACAUUUAUAUUCCAAAGAAACUCCACCAUAUGUUAUUAAUUUAGAUCCUGCAGUGUUGAAAGUCCCAUUUGGUGCAAAUAUAGAUAUUAGAGACUCUGUUAAAUAUAAAAAAGUUAUGGAAAAUUAUAAUUUAGGUCCAAAUGGUGCAAUUGUUACAUCAUUAAAUUUAUUCUCUACAAAAAUUGAUCAAGUUAUUUCAUUAGUUGAAAAAAAAUCUGAUAAAUUUAAAAAUGUUAUUGUUGAUACUCCAGGUCAAAUUGAAUGUUUUAUUUGGUCUGCCUCAGGGGCAAUCAUAACUGAAGCUUUUGCUUCCACUUUCCCAACUGUUAUAGCAUAUAUCGUAGAUACUCCAAGAAAUUCAUCACCAACUACAUUUAUUUCAAAUAUGUUAUAUGCAUGUUCUAUAUUAUACAAGACAAAAUUACCAAUGAUUAUUGUUUUCAAUAAAACUGAUGUUAAAAAGGCAGAUUUUGCUAAAGAAUGGAUGAAAGAUUUUGAAACUUUCCAAGAAGCCUUGAGAGCUGAUGAAGAAUUAAAUAAUGAAAAUGGUUCAAGUUCCGGGUAUAUGAAUUCUUUAGUUAAUUCAAUGUCUUUAAUGUUGGAAGAAUUUUAUUCACAAUUAGAUGUUGUUGGAGUAUCAAGUUAUACAGGUGAAGGUUUUGAUGAAUUUUUAGAUGCAGUUGAUAAUAAAGUUGAUGAAUAUAAUAAAUAUUAUAAAGCUGAAAGAGAACAAAUCUUAAAAGAAAAAGAUGAAAAGGAGAAAAAACAAAAAGAAAAAAGUUUAUCACAUUUAAUGAAAGAUUUAGGUAUAGAUGAACAAAAUAAGCGAAAGAAAGCCGCUAAAAAGGAUGAAAUUAAUGUAUUAUCAGAUACUGAAAGUUUUGAAGAAGGUGAACAUGAUGGUAUUGUAUUACCUGAUGAAGAAGAAGGUGUAGAGAGAGAAUAUACUUUCCCAGAAGAUAGAACUGGUGAAAUUAAUGAUGAGGAAGAAGAAAUACAAGCUCGUUAUCAAGAAGCUUAUGAACAAGUUGCAAAAGAAGCUGGUAGUAAAACUGCUGAAAAUAUUGCAAAAUACAUUCGUCAAUAA